AUGACUGGUGGAGUCAUACUGGUGCCUGAUAGGACUGGAGGAGUCAUACUGGUACCUGAUAGGACUGGUGGAGUCAUACUGGACCGGUACGCCUUCGCGCUGCUGACACCGUCAAUUGACGCCUCUCAGGACUACAGGUUGCUGGGUGGUUACCAGAACGACACCCACACAGUGAUACGCUUUUCCCGCCCCUGGACCACCUGUGAUACACACCACGACCUCCAGCUUACAGGUGACACAGCACGAGUGGUGUGGUCAUAUGACGAACACGACCCUACAAGCAGCGAGCGUCUGGCUAUGCACGAUCACCGGGGGUCCCGGAGCCUUUACCUUCGGGACCCCCACCUGGCUGCUCCUCUCCCCAACCCUGCCCACCUCCACUACUGGGAUGUGCUCUCUCCACAGGUACGAUUACCUGAUGAUCUUCCUACUUUGUACUGGUGCAAGCUCUACAAGAUCCCCACCCUCACUCACAAAGCACAUGUCAUUGGCUAUGUUCCGUUGAUUGAAGAGGAAAACUUGCAACAUGUGCACCAUAUGCUGCUGUACGAAUGUUACCUUCCAAAUUCAGACAAGCACCUGGAUAAGUUUGUGCAGGUUAAUGGUGCUCAGUGUUAUGAUCGAAACAUGCCUCUCUCGUGGUCUGCAUGCAACACUCCCAUUGUUGCAUGGGCCAUUGGCUCAGAAGGUAUGAUGGUAUCCAGAUCAUGUGGUGUACCUUUGGGAAGGAGGAACAUGGAAGGUGCAACCUACUUCAUGCUGGAAAUUCAUGAUAACCCAUCUCUUAAGCCAGGUAUUGUGGACAGUUCUGGGGUGCGUAUCAUGUAUACUCAAAAAUUACGUCGGUAUGACGCUGGAAUUUUAACACUGGGACACACAGUGUCACCAACACACAUUAUUCCUCCUGGACAGAACUGGAAUACUGUUGCCCAUUGUACUGCAGCUUGUACAGAGAAAACAUUACCAGCUUCAGGAAUAAGAGUUUUCCAAGGAUUCCUUCAUGCACAUCUUCUUGGGUCGUCAAUAUCUAUACAACAAAUACGCAAUGGACGUGAGCAACCGACUGUCAUCAAGGAUAUGAAUUAUGACUUCAACUACCAACAAGCUCGAGUUCUUAAGAAUGAGAUGGUUAUAUUACCAGGGGAUUCCCUGAUAAUCAACUGUGGUUAUGAUGCCACCAGCAGGAAAAUUCCAACAUUUGGUGGCUUUAGUACAGAAGAAGAGAUGUGUCUAGCAUUCCUGAUGUACUAUCCGAGGGUCAACCUCUCUGGCUGCUACUCUAGACCUGACAUGGCUCUUGUGUUUGACACCUUUGGCAUUCAGGACUUAGUUAAUAAUGACUUGAAGAUAUUCGAGCAUCUGGGAUUCAGUGAGAAAUACAUAAAUGAAGAAGAUGAAGAUGCCAGAUUAUCCGACAUGCAGAGUGAAGAUACAAACAAGCCACUCAACAUUCAUUUAGCUGAUAUCUAUCAUUAUGUUGUUGCCAAAUCCCCUGCAAAAUACUUCAAUACAUCAUUUUAUGACAUCCUUUAUGACAAAACAACAUGGCAGAACAAGCAGCUAAUAUCAACUUUGCAAGAGAUGACCAUGUAUGGUCAGCAUGAACCCUCGUGUGAAGGCCAUGGUCGAGAGUUAGUACAGGGGCUGCCAAGAAAAGCCAAGUAUCCAGACUUCAUACGACUCCAGCCCAGCCAAGAAAAGUGUACUAAAAGUGACCAGGAUAUUGAAGUGUUUAAGCCAAGAUUCAGACCCACUGUAUCAGUAUCCACCAUCAUACCAAGCAUUGGGGAAAGAGAACAAGAUAAAUCAUCUGCAACAACAGCUUCAAGUGUUCCAUGGCAGCCACCAGAAGAUAAUGAAAUUGAAAGGGAGUCUCUGCCACAGCGAGACAGAAAUGGAGUUGGUAGAAUAACAGUGUACCUAUGCUCUGUGUCCGCCCUGUGCCUUUUGACUAUAGUGUUUUGAAUAAUUUAUGAUGCUAUGUAUGUUAAAUUUAUUAUAAAUUAAUAAAAUAAAACUAAAAUUUUUCAAUUUUAUAUUAAAGGUGUAUAUACGUAUAACUUUUUUUAUAAUUAAGUACGAGACUUUACAAAAGUGUGAAUAAAUAACUUUUACUAGACAUUAGUAUAC